AAGUCAAGCGUUACUACACGUGAUGGAGUCAAGAUAUCAAUUGUGGGAAAGCAAUGAUUACAUCAAGUUGUUUAGAGAGUACUUGCGCAUUGAAUCAGUUCAUCCAAAUGUAAACUAUGACAAGUGCGUUGAGUUCCUACAGCGCCAAGCGGAUUUACUAGAGCUGCCAUUGACCAUCGAUGAAGUUAAUCCAGGAAAACCUGUAGUUAUUAUAUCUUGGGAAGGAACGGAUCCUGGAAUGGAUUCUAUCUUUUUAAAUUCUCACAUGGAUGUGGUACCAGUAUAUGCGGAGAAGUGGACUUAUCCACCGUUUUCGGCUCACAUGGACAAUGAAGGGCGUAUUUAUGCUCGUGGCACGCAGGAUAUGAAAAGUGUGGGAAUUCAGUACUUGAGUGCAAUCCAGGAAUUGAGGAAAGAAAAACAAAGAUUCAAAAGAACUGUUCACGUUGUAUUUAUGCCGGACGAGGAAAUAGGUGGAGAGCUCGGAAUGAACGAUUUCGUGAAAACUGAUCAUUUCAAAAAGCUAAAUUGUGGUUUUGGGAUGGACGAAGGGUUUGCCUCUGAAGAAGAUGUUUUCAAGUUGUACUACGGGGAAAGAACAAUUAAACGUGCCUAUUUUCAUAUAUCAGGAACAUCGGGUCAUGGAUCUCUUCUUUUGGAAAGAACUGUUGGCGAAAAGGCAAGAAAAUUGAUGGACAAAAUAUUUGAUUUUCGAGAGAAAGAAUCAAAACGACUGGAUUCCAAUCCAGGAUUGACAAUUGGAGAUGUAACAACAAUGAAUGUUACUUCGAUGUCGGGUGGGGUUCAAACUAACGUUGUGCCCCCGGAGUUAAAAAUAUGUGUUGAUAUACGAGUGGCGAUUAAUGUUGAUUUGCGACAGUUCGAACUUAUGUUGGAAACAUGGUGUGAUGAAUCUGGUGACAGCAUUCGCAUUGAGUAUGAUGGAGAUUAUCCAUUUAUUGAACCAACCAAGUUGGAUGGAACGAAUAAAUAUUGGCUUGCAUUUAAAGCGGCGAUGGAUGAUAUGAAUUUGAAAGUGAGGCCUCAAAUCAAAGCAGGUGCAAGUGAUAUUCGACAUGUACGAAAAUUGGGAAUUCCUGCGAUUGGAUUUUCACCAAUAAAUAGAACUCCUGUCCUACUGCAUGAUCAUAAUGAAUAUUUGCAAGCUGAUACUUUUCUCAGGGGAAUCGAUAUUUAUAAGAAUAUUAUACAAGCAGUGGCAAAUGCUUGAUUUCAGCAGAAAAUAUAAUGUGUAGUGCAAUAUAGAUUGACAUUUUAAUU